GAACCUACAUCCGACACCAUUUAUACAGCAUUGCGCCAAGACACACACUCCAUCAGUGACUCUACACUCGCCAAUAGCACUCUCCAUAACGACAAAUUAUAUCCUAAAUGGAACACAGCCGACUCACCCAUCUCGUUUCAUGAGAUCCACGACGUCUUUCUGAACCAUGAACGAAAAUACGGCUUCCAACACGAUAACACUCGCAACAUGUACGACCAUCUCAUGACUAUGCUCAACUCAAGAUCCGCACGCAUGUCCCCUCAACUCGCACUCUGGACCUUACACGCCGACUAUAUUGGUGGAGAACAUGCAAACUAUCGAAAAUGGUAUUUUGCCGCUCAUCUGGAUCUGGAUGAUCGACGUACACCCAAAAACAGUCCUACCGGUCAGUUACUCGAGGAAGCCAAAAGGGAAUGGCGGGAACGCAUGCAAGGUAUGUCUGAUGCCGAACGAAUAUCCCAUCUGGCUUUAUUCCUCUUGAUAUGGGGUGAAGCAGCUACCUUACGCUUCACCCCAGAAUUGAUCUGCUUCCUGUUUUAUAUAGCCGAAGGCUACAGAGAAAGCUUUAAUCAUCAACAUACCUUACCUUGCUUUUUGGAUGAUAUCGUCUCCCCUCUUUACCAAUAUAUCCGUGAUCAGACCUAUCAAUUGAUACGUGGUCAUUAUGUACGCCGUGAAAAAGACCAUCAUGAAAUCAUUGGCUAUGACGAUAUCAAUCAACUCUUUUGGGAUAAAGGCGCUCUGGCCAACCUCAGACUCAAAUCGUCCGAUACCUUCUUUAAAGAUACGCCCAAGGAACAACGUUAUCUGGUCCUGACAGACAUCGAUUGGAAACGAGCCUUUCAAAAGACCUUUUUUGAAACAAGAUCCUGGUUUCAUUUACUGACCAAUUUUUCGCGUGUCUGGAUCAUUCAUGCUGCUUCCUUUUGGUACUACAUGGCUGCCAGUGUCGAUUUUCUCUACCUCGAUACAAAGCAACGUCAUGGUAGUGCAAAGGCAACCUCCAUUGAUUUACCUGUCAAGUUAUCUGUGGUUGGCUUGGGUGGGUUAGUGGCUAUCCUGAUCAUGGUGUUUGCUACCUUGGCCGAAUUCAAAUACCUGAAAACUUCAGUGGAAACCUCUAGUAUUUUAAUGACUCGUCUAACUGUCCUACUCUUAUUUGCUGCAUGUCAUGUUGCUUGCUCUGUCUAUGUCUUAAAGUUUGACCAAAAGAGUAUGUUGGCCUUAAUUUUAUCUUCCUGCCAAUUAGGGGUGGGUGCUAUUGUUUCCAUCGUAAUUGCCAUUUUACCUUCUGCCAGUUUAUUCCAUCGUCGUAAAUCCAGUCGACAUUUAUCUUGCAAGACAUUUACGUCGAAUUUUCCCGAAAUGGUAGACGAUGAUCGAUUUUUAUCUAUCUUGCUUUGGAUUUGUGUGUUUAGUUGUAAAUUUUUGGAAACGUACUUCUUUUUGGCCCUGUCAUUCCGUGAUGCCCUUUCAGUUACGACGUUGAUGCAGUUAAAUAACUGUAGUGCAGAUCCUUUACUGGGUCGUUGGCUCUGUUCUGUCAUGCCCAUCUUGACCACGGUCUUGAUGUUCUCUGUAGAGCUAGUCCUGUUCUUUCUGGACACAUACCUAUGGUUUGUGAUCUGGAAUACCAUCUUCUCUGUCUCGCAAUCGAUUCGACUGGGUAUCUCCGUCAUGACCUCCUGGCGACAAUUGUUUGCAAAGAUACCCGUCAACAUGUUUUCCAAAAUCACCGCCACCAAGGAAUUCGUGUCCGUGCAUUUACGUCGUAUGGCUUGCUCACAAAUGUGGAACGCUAUCAUCAUUUCCAUGUACCGUGACCACUUGUUGUCGGUCAAUAACCUGCAGUCGUUACUUUAUCAAGUGCACGAGCAAGAAAAUGAUGGAGGUCAAAUGAUCCGUGAACUGGAGGCGCCACCCAUUUUUGACCCUGCAUUAUCCACAGAUAUGGAGGAUUUUUUCCCUAAACAUUCGGAGGCAGAACGUCGUCUCUCAUUUUUCGCUCAAAGUCUGUCCACCCAAUUUCCUUUACCCUGUUCGGUCGAUACCAUGCCCACUUUUACGGUAUUUACCCCGCAUUAUGCCGAGAAAAUGCUCUUGUCGCUGCGAGAAAUUAUUCGUGAAGAAGACUCCACUACCCGCGUUACUUUACUUGAAUACCUUAAAAAACUGCAUCCUGCCGAAUGGAAUAAUUUUGUCAAGGACACCAUGUUUAUUGCCGAAGAAAACCAAGUGCCCACAAAACCUUCUGAGAAGGACGAUUUACCCUUUUAUUGUAUUGGCUUCAAAUCUGCCGCCCCUGAAUACACCUUACGUACCCGUGUGUGGGCCUCGUUACGAGCACAAACCCUGUACAGAACCAUAAAUGGCUUCAUGAACUAUUCGCGGGCUCUCAAAAUAUUGCACCGCAUCGAAAAUCCUCAACUCAACGGCCAAGACCACGACCGCAAAAAACAAACGGAGAACCUCCUCGAUGCCAUCUCCUAUGAAAAAUUUCGUUUCUUGGUCGCUAUGCAACGUUAUGCUCAAUUCAAUGCUGAAGAGGCUGAAAACUGUGAAUUCUUAUUGACCGAAUAUCCGCAUCUCCAAAUCGCCUACAUCGAUCAAGAAUUAGACGCUGAAGGACAAACCGUCUUUUUCUCUGUUCUCAUCGACGGUCAUUGUGAUCUCUUGCCCAAUAACAAACGCGUACCCAAAUACCGUGUUCGUUUACCCGGUAAUCCCAUUCUUGGUGACGGAAAAUCCGAUAAUCAAAACCACGCCUUGAUCUUUUAUCGUGGGGAGUAUCUACAACUCGUUGAUGCCAACCAAGAUAAUUAUCUGGAAGAAUGUCUCAAAAUUCGUAGCAUCUUUGGUGAGUUUGAGCAAGGCACAGAGGAUCAACCUUCUCUCGAUCAAGUGUACGCUCUCUACAACGGCUCCCAUCGCCGUAUCACCAAGGACGAAGAACCAAGACGGAAGAAUGAAAAUAUUCCUCCCGUAGCUAUUGUGGGUGCACGUGAAUAUAUCUUUUCGGAAAACGUAGGUAUGUUGGGUGACGUCGCCGCUGGUAAAGAACAGACAUUUGGUACAUUAACGCAACGUAUUAUGGCAAAGACAGGGGGUCGAUUGCAUUAUGGACAUCCCGAUUUCUUAAACGCUGUAUUCAUGACCACACGAGGUGGUGUAAGUAAAGCUCAACGGGGUCUGCAUCUAAACGAAGACAUUUAUGCUGGUAUGAAUGCUCUUUUACGAGGCGGAAGAAUCAAGCAUACCGAAUACCUUCAAUGUGGUAAAGGACGUGAUCUGGGUUUCUGUAGUAUCUUAAAUUUUACGACCAAGAUUGGUACGGGUAUGGGCGAACAAUUGCUCUCUCGCGAAUACUAUUAUCUGGGGACACAAUUACCUUUGGACCGUUUUUUGACAUUUUAUUAUGCACAUCCUGGUUUCCACAUGAACAAUAUUAUGAUUAUUUUUGCUGUGCAAGUAUUCCUGUUCUGUAUGACGCUGGUGGGUACCAUGGCAGCUGGAUUACCUCAUUGUAAAGGAAGUAAUUGUUUUGAUGUCAGGCCUGUCUAUGAUUGGUUACAACGAUGUAUUCUUUCCAUCUUUAUGGUCUUCUUCAUUGCAUUCUUACCGCUCUUCUUACAAGAAUUAACAGAAAAGGGUGCUUGUCGAUCCAUACUUCGUCUCGUCAAACAAUUCCUCUCCUUAUCGCCCUUGUUUGAAGUAUUUGUCACGCAAAUCUAUGCUAAUUCCGUCUUGUCUAACUUGAGCUUUGGAGGUGCAAGGUAUAUUGCUACCGGUCGAGGCUUUGCUACCUCUCGUUUACCAUUUUCAGUCCUGUAUUCUCGUUUUGCUCAUCCCAGUAUUUAUUUUGGCGCACGCACCAUGUUUAUGCUCUUCUUCGUCUCCUUGGCGCUUUGGAUCCCUCAUUUGAUUUACUUUUGGGCUACGGUGGCUUCUUUAUUGGUAUCGCCCUUUGUGUUUAACCCGCAUCAGUUUGUAUUCAUGGAUUUCAUUAACGAUUAUCGAGAGUUCUUGGGUUGGCUUUCGCGGGGAAACUCUACACGAUCUUACGAACAUUCCUGGAUCUCCUUCUGUCGUCAGAUCCGUACUCAAAGGUUUAUCUUUAAGACAUUUGUAGCCUUGUUUUUAACAAGAGAACUUCAUCAUGAUGCUACCAAUCGAGCCUGGUGGAGCGGUAAAUGGAAAUCCAGCAAAGUUGGUAAACUGGCAGCACGAGAAUAUAUAUGCAAGAUUGUUGAGAUGUCUAUAUUUACGACGGAUUUUAUUUUGGGACAUUUGAUCUUGUUUGGCCUGUUUCCGAUCACGUUGAUCCCGUCCAUCGAUCGCAUUCAUUCACUCAUCCUGUUUUGGUUAAGACCCUCUAAGCAGAUCCGUCCGUCUGUCCUACCCACCAAGGAACGUAAAAGACGUCGCCAUAUUGUGUUACUCUAUGGACCCUUCUUUAUAUUUGUUUUGCUUUCAUUUGCGGCGUUGAUUAUUUUGCCUCCCAAAUUAGCCCCUCGCUUACCUAUUCAAUAUCAAAACUUUGUCAAGAUAUUCUAA